UAUGUGCGGUGGGAGGAGACUGUGCCGGUACACCGUGAUGGAACAGGAUCUGGGGACACAGGGAGACCUGGAACUACAUGGACAGUCCAGAGACCGCGAGCCUGUGGUGGAAGGAAGGAGGAAGAGGUGAAGAGACCCAGCCUGGGGCAGGCAGGGAUGUGCCUGGACUGGGGACAUGGCGGCCAAGAAGCUGGAAACCACAUAGGAGGCAUCCAUACUGAGACCCCUGGGGGCAGAGUCUGGCCUUUGCCACCUUUCUUUCCAGGCCUCAGGAACUGGGUAGGGCUGAGAGCUUGCCGUAGAGGCUGAGGGCCGGAGUGCUGGGCUGUGGCCGAGUCACAUCCUCCCCUCACCCCUGGAGCCUUAGCUCAGUUGUCUUCAGCUGUCCCUACAGAGAAACCUGGCCCGUGUUCUCUCUCCACUAACCAGGGAAAGGUCUAGAAGGGCAGAAAAAGGACAUUUAGACUUCAUUCCUUAAGACCUCAUGCUUUGGAUGAAUGCAAGAUGCCACUUUGUAUCCAGAAGCACAUCCACAGACGCCAUGCAGGGGGCUCUGGUGCCCCUGCCGUUGCUGCUGUUGUUGCUGUUGGGGUGUGGGCCAAGAGUGUCCUCUGGCGGCGGAGCUGGGGGCGCAGCUGGCUAUGCCCCGGUAAAGUAUAUGCAGCCCAUGCAGAAGGGACCAGUGGGACCGCCUUUCCGAGAGGGCAAGGGCCAGUACUUGGAAAUGCCUCUACCGAUGCUGCCAAUGGACUUGAAAGGAGAGCCAGGCCCCCCUGGGAAGCCGGGACCUAGGGGUCCUCCUGGGCCUCCUGGCUUCCCGGGAAAGCCAGGCACUGGAAAACCUGGGGUCCAUGGACAGCCAGGCCCUGCUGGCCCCCCUGGCUUCUCCCGGAUGGGCAAAGCUGGUCCCCCAGGGCUUCCAGGAAAAGUUGGACCACCAGGGCAGCCAGGGCUACGGGGGGAGCCAGGGAUACGAGGGGACCAGGGCCUCCGGGGGCCCCCAGGACCCCCUGGCCUUCCUGGUCCUUCAGGUAUUACUGUCCCUGGAAAACCAGGUGCUCAGGGGGCUCCAGGGCCUCCAGGAUUUAGGGGGGAGCCAGGACCCCAGGGAGAGCCUGGACCCCGAGGAGAUAGGGGCCUCAAAGGGGAUAAUGGAGUGGGCCAACCAGGGCUGCCUGGGGCCCCUGGGCAGGCAGGUGCCCCUGGGCCCCCUGGGUUGCCUGGUCCAGUUGGCUUAGGCAAACCAGGUUUGGAUGGGAUACCAGGAGCCCCUGGAGACAAAGGUGAUUCUGGCCCCCCUGGGGUUCCAGGUUCUAGGGGAGAGCCAGGAGCUAUGGGCCCAAAAGGCCCCCCUGGGGUAGAUGGUGUAGGGAUACCAGGGGCAGCAGGGGUGCCAGGACCACAGGGUCCAGCAGGGGCUAAAGGGGAGCCAGGACUCCGGGGUCCCCCAGGCCUGAUAGGCCCUGUUGGCUAUGGGAUGCCAGGAAAACCAGGACCUAAGGGAGACAGGGGCCCAGUUGGGGCCCCAGGGCUCUUAGGAGACCGAGGUGAGCCAGGGGAGGACGGCGAGCCAGGGGAGCAGGGUCCACAGGGGCCUGGGGGUCCACCUGGCCUCCCUGGGUCUGCAGGGCUUCCUGGUAGACGUGGGCCCUCUGGUCCAAAAGGAGAGGCAGGACCUGGAGGUCCCCCAGGAGCGCCUGGCAUUCGAGGCGACCAAGGGCCCAAUGGGCUGGCUGGGAAACCCGGGCUCCCUGGAGAGAGGGGACUUCCUGGGGCCCAUGGGCCUCCUGGACCAACCGGGCCCAAGGGUGAGCCAGGUUUUACAGGUCGCCCUGGAGGGCCGGGGGUGGCAGGAGCCCUGGGACAGAAAGGUGACUUGGGGCUUCCGGGGCAGCCUGGCUUGAGGGGUCCCUCUGGGAUCCCAGGACUCCAAGGCCCAGCUGGUCCGAUUGGGCCCCAGGGUCUGCCAGGCCUGAAAGGUGAACCAGGCCUUCCAGGGCCUCCUGGAGAGGGCAAAGUGGGGGAACCUGGCUCUGCUGGUCCCACAGGGCCCCCUGGAGUCCCUGGUUCUCCAGGGCUCACAGGUCCUCCUGGGCCUCCAGGGCCUCCUGGGCCUCCUGGUGCCCCCGGAGCCUUGGAUGAGACUGGUAUCGCAGGUUUGCAUCUGCCCAAUGGUGGUGUGGAGGGGGCUGUGCUGGGCAAAGGAGGCAAGCCCCAGUUGGGGCUCGGUGAGCUGCCAGCCCACGCCACCCCAGCCUUCACUGCUGUGCUCACUUCCCCCUUCCCCGCCUCAGGCAUGCCAGUUAGGUUCGACCGGACUCUCUACAAUGGCCACAGCGGCUACAACCCAGCCACCGGUAUCUUCACCUGCCCCGUGGGAGGCGUCUACUACUUUGCUUACCAUGUGCACGUCAAGGGCACCAAUGUGUGGGUAGCCCUGUACAAGAACAACGUGCCCGCCACCUACACGUACGACGAAUACAAGAAGGGCUACCUGGACCAGGCCUCCGGGGGGGCUGUGCUCCAGCUGCGGCCCAACGACCAGGUGUGGGUGCAGAUGCCCUCAGACCAGGCCAAUGGCCUCUACUCCACCGAGUACAUCCAUUCCUCCUUCUCAGGAUUCUUGCUCUGUCCCACAUAACCCGUGGGGGGCCCUGCUGCCCUGGCCUCCUCCUCUUUAGUGAUAAGAGAGACCUUUCCAGCUACAGAGAUCUCUAUUGGAAGGAAAGAGCCAAAAACUGAACAGAGGCGGCGGCGGUGGCCUUGGCCCGAGAAGACUGACUUGCUUUUCUGUAGGCUGAAGCCGUUUCUGGAAGAGGUUGGCCUAAUUUCCUUUCCCCCAGGAGCACUGUGGGGGUUGUACCCCUGUUCUGGACCUGCCUGGUCUACAGGCAGCACCCCAGAGCACUCGGCCUGGCCUGCUUGUGAGCCCUGGCAGCUGCUGGGAGAGACGGCUUUCUUGUUGGCCUUAGACGGCGUGGAAUGAGCCCAGGGCUUCCCGUGGUCCCUGGGUCUCUUCCAGCUCCCCAGGGACCACCAGCAUAUGAUACGACAUUAGAUUCUCUGAGGGUUUGGCUUCCUUUUGGGAGGAAGGAAGGAAGGGAACGGGACCAUGGAGGCAGUCGAUACAGAGAGAUGUGGCGAGCUCAGACCAAUCCUGGUGGGGACAGUUGUAUGGCCCUUGCUCCUGGUCUCUGGAAGACUCCUGAAGCAGCCGUCUGUGGAGAUCUGUGAGGGCACACGGAUCGGGGCAAGCUGGUCACUCUUCUGUUUCCCUGGCUAUCUCUAUUGGCUCUUUGGUAUGAGGUUGGACAGCCAUGGGCUGAGAUGGGACUUUGGGUAGUGUCUAUACAGAUUGCAGAGCCAACCACGGCUGCCAAUCAAGCAAAAACGAUGCCCCUCCCUCUUUCCUCUCACCUGUUGGGGGUGGGGUAAUUCAUUGUCAGAAUGUCAGGGGAGGCUUAGCAACCCCAAACCAAGUGCCUUCAAGGCAGAGCGCCUCUCGUUGGGCACACAAGCUUGUGGGUGAAGACUUCUGUUUCUCCUUAAUAAGAACCACGCUGUGGGUAUUUAGUGUCUACUAGAGGGGCUCCUCUGUGGGCACGUCCUCUCUCUCCCUGCUCUGCUUCCAAUUUCCUGUUCUCAGCAGUGUAGGGCCCAGGAGGCUAAGGCUCUAAAGGAAAGGAUUCCAGCAGGCCCCGCUGGGAUGAGCUGGCUCUAGAGGCUUCUACCAUCCUCCUGAAUCAGGAUGCUCCUGCAGGAAACAGGUGGGCUUGCUUCCCAGCUGGGCUCAGUGCUGGGGCUCAGGGAUGGUGGACAGUCUCGCCUAGACAAGGAUGGCUGCUCUCUCUGUGGUUCGCAACCUUCCUUUCUCAGCCCUCACCUAGUCAGCCCACUUCACUGACCAAGCGUGAACCUGGGACAUCGACUAGACAAUCCAGCUCGUGCUCCAAUUUGGGCACAUUCAACUGCCCCUGGGGACAGACUGAGGAUGAGGGCGGGCCUAAGCCUCCUCCCUCUCCACAGCUGCGAAGCAGCCUAGUGGAUCCCAAAGGGGGUCUGCCUGUGACAGCAAGGAAAAGUUCUGCCUGGGACUCUGUCCCUUUUUACUGCCACACCCAAGGGAACCAGCGAGCAUCUCAGAGCAUCCCAGUAGCGCCUUUUCAGUCUCCUUCCCCGGGUCAAAGCCACUAAUCCUGUGGGCUCUGAUGUCCCCAGAGGGAGCCCUGAAAGCUGGUUCAGGGCAGAGUUGCCAGACCCCACCCUGAAGCCUUUAGGGAAGGAUUCUGUAAUAUCUGCGGACUGGAGCAGUAGGUGUCACUGACCAGCUUUGACAAACAAUGUUAGGCUUUAUGACAGCUACACUUACCUUGUGCAUUUUUGUAUUUUGGCUUUUUUUUUUUAAGGUUCUCCAUUCGGGGUUUCAUUUCUAACCUGGUGUAGGAAGUUCCUCUCUACUUACCCCAUGUCAGGUUCAGGGAAAAAUGCACCGGGGAAUCAGAGAAAAUGGGAUUUCUUUUUGCAAACUACAGUACUGUUAUUGAUCACCCCCCCCAAUAAAACCUGUUGUAGAAACACA